CCUUGAUACGUAGUCUCGCAUGGCGGCGUCGGAAGCCUGCGCGACGAUCGGGUCGCUCGACCACGAGACGACGACGACAGCGAGCGUAGACACGCCGGCCGUCGCCGUGACGACGCGCUGGGAGGGCUACCUUCAGAAGCGGUCCGACUGGCUCAAGCAGUGGGAAGCCUACUACUUUGUGCUGCACGGCUGCGCGCUCUACUGCUAUCUCUCGGCGGACGAGGCGAAGCGGCAGCCCGAGAACUCCAAGAUCAAGCAUGGCGCCUUCUCGUUCACGUCGCACGUCGUACUGCAGCACGUCGUCUCGAUCCACAGCCACGGCGCGUUCGACUUUAUCUUGGAAACGUCGAGUGGCAAGCCGCUCUACCUCCGCGCCAAGUCGCAAGCCAUGAAGGCGGUGUGGAUCGCGAUGGCGUCGCAGGGCAUCUACGACACGCGCAUCGACAGCCGCGGCCGCGUCGCGCCCGUCGACGUGACCAUCCGACCUGCCACGCUCCGCGACGCGUACGUCGCCUUUGCGUACGUGCAGUCGUCGCUGAGUGCACUCGAAGACGAAGCCCGCGAGAAGGUCCUCGAGCUCAAGAUCCCGCCGCGCCAGGUCGUGCGGCCGACGACCACGAUCGCGCUCGCAGUGGCCGCGCCGUCGAUCGACCGCGCGGUCAUGCGUCUCAUCUCCGUGUGCCACCGGAGCCUCGCGCUGCGCACCAACUACCGCGUCGUCGUGCCGUUCCAAGGCGCCUACUCGGGGCACCACGGACUCCUCGAGUUCCUCACCAAGCUCACCAAGGCCGCGAAGCUCCUCACGUUCGCCGUGCACAGCCUCGAGAUCGUCGAGUCGUCGUCCAAGCAGAUCGUCGUCGUCGCCAAAGGUCAUGAAAGCAUGCAGGUGCGUGCGACCGGCAAGGUCCUCCGACAAGACUUUCUCCACAAGCUCUACAUGCUGCCCAACGACGGACGCAUCUUGCGGUGGGAAGUCCAUGGCGACACGGACGCAUCGGCCCUCGCGUUCAAGGGCCUCGGGUCAUCAUCUGGACAGCAUCCUGUCCAGCGCGACUCGCUCUCGACCAUCAAGCUCGAUCAUCUGCCGUCGUUUGAGACGCGGCCGUCGUGGCAGCCGCCAGCCGACGCUUUGAGCCCCGACGACGUUGCCCACAUACCGACGCCGCACGCACGACCCUCGACCACGCGGCGGUCGCCGCCACCCCGACGCCAGUCUCCGCCGCCCGUGCCCGUUCGGCUCUGCUCCCCCACAGCCGGAAACGUACCGUCGCCCCGGCGUCGCCAUGAGGCAGGGCAUGGCUGUAUCACGAGCAACUCGCCGUUGGAGGCGCCGCUCAACUUUAAGCGCGGUCACCCGUGGCCGGACCCGCCGCUGCGACCGCCACACGAGCACGACAUGCGCGCGGCGAUCGCGACGGAGCUCGACCUCUGCCGCCGCCGAGACGACCUCGACCUGUACGUGACGCUCGCGUGCAAGUCGCUGCGCUGCGCCAUGGGCACCGUCUGCAUCUUUGGCGCGCAAGGCGGGUACUUUGUCGCCAAGCACGGCGUCCAGCGCGACCUGCUAUCGUGGGACGUGCUCUUGGAAGCCCACGUGAGUAGCCAGCGCCCGCUCAUCGUCCUCGACGCGACGAGGGACGUGCGGUUCGCGGCCAACCCGAUCGUCGUCGACCGCAGCGUGCAGUUCUUUGUCGGCGUCCCGCUACUCUCGUCCGAGCACGUGCUGCUGGGCGUGCUCUCGGUGCUCGACCAUACGCCACGCACGAGCCUCCGCGACGCCGACGUGACGGCGCUCGUCCAGAUUGCGCAGACCAUUAUGAACCGCAUCCAAGACGCUUCCGCGACAAGCGAUCUUCGGCAGUCGGCGCCUGCCUACUCGGCGCGGCCCAAGAAGCAGCCCAUUCGGCGGUCGUACCAGCAGCAAAAAGAGGUCGACCUCGACAUUGAUUAG